UCGCCGUGGCUGCGGGUCGGAGCGCUUCCCCGGCGGCUCCUCCUCCUCCCGCCCGGCGGCUUCCCAGGCUCCUCUCCGGGUAAACAGCGAUGGCUGCCGAGGAAGGAGGCGGAGAGCCCGAGAACAACAUGGGGAAUCACCUGCAGCUCCUACCCGCAGAGAGUGAGGAAGAGGAUGACCUUGAAAUGGAAGUUGAAGAUCAAGAUAGUAAAGAAACUGAAAAGCCAAACAUUAAUUUUGACACCAGUCUGCCAACAUCACAUAUGUAUUUGGGUUCUGAUAUGGAAGAGUUUCACGGGAGAACGGUGCAUGAUGAUGACAGCUGUCAAGUGAUUCCAGUGUUACCCCACGUGGUGGUGAUGUUGAUUCCUGGACAAACCUUGCCUCUUCAGCUUUUUCGCCCUCAAGAGGUUAGCAUGGUGCGGAAUUUAAUUCAGAAAGACAGAACCUUUGCUGUUCUUGCAUACAGCAAUAUACGUGAAAGGGAAGCACAUUUUGGAACAACAGCCGAAAUAUAUGCCUACCGAGAAGAACAGGAGUUUGGAAUUGAAACAGUCAAAGUGAAAGCAGUAGGAAGACAGAGGUUCAAGGUGCUUGAAAUAAGAACUCAGUCAGAUGGAAUCCAGCAGGCUAAAGUACAAAUCCUUCCUGAGCGAGUGCUGCCUUCGACUAUGUCAGCAGUACAGCUGGAGUCUCUCAACAGAUGCCACAUAUUUCCUUCUUCCAAACCUACAGCAUGGCAGGACCAACAUAUACAUCAAUGGUGGCAGAAAUAUCAAAAGCGGAAGUUUCACUGUGCUAGUUUGACUUCUUGGCCUCCAUGGCUCUACUCUUUAUAUGAUGCUGAAACCUUAAUGGAAAGAGUCAAGUGGCAACUACAUGAGUGGGAUGAAAAUCUUAAAGAUGAAUCUCUUCCAUCAAAUCCAAUAGAUUUUUCUUACAGAGUUGCUGCUUGCCUGCCAAUUGAUGAUUCAUUACGUAUUCAGCUGCUUAAAAUAGGAAGCGCUAUUCAGCGACUGCGUUGUGAAUUAGAUAUUAUGAACAAAUGUACAUCUCUUUGUUGUAAGCAAUGUCAAGACACAGAAAUAACAACUAAGAAUGAAAUAUUCAGUUUAUCCUUGUGCGGACCUAUGGCAGCAUAUGUGAAUCCUCAUGGGUAUGUCCAUGAGACCCUUACAGUGUACAAAGCCUGCAACUUGAAUCUGAGUGGCCGACCUUCUACAGAGCACAGUUGGUUUCCUGGGUAUGCAUGGACUAUAGCCCAGUGCAGAAUUUGUGGGAAUCACAUGGGGUGGAAGUUCACAGCUGCUAAAAAAGAUCUCACUCCUCAAAAAUUCUGGGGAUUGACCCGAUCUGCUCUCCUGCCUAGAAUUCCAGAAGAUGGCUCAGGCAACGAUAGAACACCAUUACUUUGCCUGUAAUCUAGUAACCUGUUUUUGGAAUGAAUUAGCAGCCGCCAGUGUCUCUCAAUUGAACGUGGUCAGUGCUGCUUCUGAUGCUUGCUUAAAUAAGUUUUUUUUUAAACGAAAGCAAAGAAAAAGACAAGUAUCGUUACAUUUUGGGUUUGGUACACAGACAAGGUACUGUUGUUUCCAGAUACACUGGGAAUUGAAGGUUGUGUCUUAAAAUUUGACAACUGGGAAGAGAAGUACAGUGAGAGACCAGCAAAUGCAUCUGAUUCUAGGAAUGUCAGAUAAAUGCUGAAACAGAUUACUCAAACUUGCCACCGUAUAAUUAAAGAAGAUAUUUACUGCUAUUGAAUUAAGGUAAAAGAUAUGCAAAAAAAAGUACUAUUAAACAGUAUUUGAGUCAUACAAUUUAUGUAUGAUGGUAAAUAUCAAAUUUUGUUUGUGGGAUAUUGGCUAUUAGUAUACUUCAAGUAUAUUUUGCUGAGAAAUCCUUGUUUCUAACUAUAUGAAAUAUUCCACGUUCACACUGUUUGUUUUUCAAAUGUUUGCCUAAACAAGUAUCAAAGAGCGUGUCAGGUCUAAACCUCUGUACUGAUUGAUGUUUCAUUGGUUAAUGUCAUCCUGGUAGCGGUGCUCUAAAUGGUAGAAGCCAAGCACUUACUGAUAUCUGCUGCUAAAGCAACUACUGUAUACAAUUCCUUUUUAAAGGAAUCCUGUAUUAAUUGUUUUGUCCUUAACAGUUAUGUCAUAUACUUAGCAUGUUUGACAUGUUGAUUAGCAAUCGUUUAAAAACUAAAUUAUUAAUAUAAAAUGUACAGGUUGAUUCCAGUGCAUACAAUAUAUUGUCAUUUGUUUCCAUAAUACAUUAGUAAAUUUCAGUCAAUAAAAUUAAAUAGGUUUACAUUUUUUUAAACAAUUUCCUUCUGAAGUUUAAUUUACCUUGUAUACAUGCCUAAAGUUUGGUGAAGUAAUCUGUGAAAUACUUCACAUUGGAAAUUGCUCACAUCUAUAUUUUGACUAGGGAAACGCAGGAUACCUUUACUGCUUUUUAUGUUUGCAUAUCAUAAGUGAAAGGCUGUGCAUUUAUCAUCAUCCUUUCCUGAUAAAGGGGGAAUGUUUCUAAAUAAAGCAGAAAUCAAAGGCAGGUUUGUUUUUAUGAGACACUGUGCUACAGAAAAGGGUGCCAAAAAGGGUGCAGCUUUUGCUAUUUUUUCAGAAUGCACUUUGAUGGUAGAAUCUGAAGAUGACAGAUUUCUAUUAUAUAUAUAUAUAUAUAUUUUUCCUUGUGAGGCUCUUCUGUUCACUCUUUAUUUGUUCAAAGUAAAUCUUAGAGAUCCUGUAUGUGUGGUUACUUGUACUGUUAAAGGAAAAUUAUACUAAAAUGCUUAAGAUUAUAUUUAUGAAAUGCUUCAUCCAUCCCCACAUACCAUGCUUGUUUAUUGUAUGUAGCAUUAAUAUGUUACUCCAGUAAAGGAAUAAGGACAAAUAUCUUUAAGAGACAAGCAACUGACUUUACUGAUAAUGCCAUGGUUUGUGUUGUACUGCAGCCAAAAAAAGAUUUUCAAAUGAUACAAGAUGUUAUAUGCUGAAAGGAUAUUAGAAAACUUUAUUAUGUUAGGUAUCUAGAGAGUAAUGAUGGUGUAACUCAGGUUUAAUUCCUUGAAGCCUUCUACCUCUGUGCUUCUAUGAUGUUUUUUGUUAUCCCAUAUACAUCUGUAAAAUCAAAUUUCACUUUAUUCUGCAAAUUCUUAAUUUAUCAGUGAGCUGUGAAAAGCAAUACUAGCUUAAACAUAAUUCUGAACAAAUAGAGAGUGAAAGAUGAUUCAUUUUCUUAAAGCAUUCUAGAUUCUGUUUGUUUUUUUAGAAUCAGCUUUCAAAAGAAUUAAAUGUUAAGCACUAGUGUGAAAAGAGCAAGAGUCUGUGAAUUAUCUGUACUAUACUCAUUGAAAUCAUAUUAAUUUUUUUCUAACUUAGUUUGAUUUUUUUUUCCCCAAAGAUACUAAGCACCUGAAGUUCCUAUUGACAUUACUGAGCUUUGUGGAUGCCUAGCACUUUUGAAAAUCAUGUCAUUCACUGUUAACAUUCACUGAAUUGUGGUGAGUGAUUUUUCAAAAAGGAUGUUGUCUUCGGCUAUCAUCAAACCUAAUAGUGUGCUUUUAUUUUUGGCUAGGUCUGUAUCAGAUUGCCUCAACUAAAAAGAUGAGACAAUAUUUUAGCAUGAAAUAGGCAUAUUUUUGGUAUUGUGCAUAUAUAAAAAUGUAAAACUAUUAUAAUCAAGAGAGAUCACUAAGAAGUUAAUUUAGCAGUAUCUUAAUGUUGUUUUUCACUCUGCCUAAACUUCUGUGUAAUGUUUGCCAUUACAAAGUUCAUGACAUUUUCUAAGUUAAAAACAUGUGUGAUUCAGGUUAAUUGCAAAGAAGAUAAACUCUGUUGUGGGACACCUAGCCAUUAAAAAACUACAACUGUAGGGAUCGUUAAUAUGUACAGUAUGUAUUUUAUAGCAUAGAUGUAGAAUUGUAAAAGGUUCUGUACAUUAGUUAAAAUUUUCUAUGUUUAGAAAAAUGGGGUUUCUUUCUGGGGAAAAACUACUACAAUGUUAGGAUUGUCAGCUGUUAUCAGUAAAUUAUUCAAAUACAGAGAUUACAUACUUCUGAGAGCCAAGUACUAAACAAAUCAGUAAACAUCAUGAAAACAGUUGUUUCAGCUUCAUUCAGUUGCUUCUUUUAAAGUCAUUAUUGCAGUAGCACUAAGACACCUCAUUGAUCUGACAGUGCAUUUCACUAACAAAUAUCAAGAUUUCAAAAUUUCUGUUCAAUUUUGAUGCAUAAACAGAACCAUAAUAAAAUGUUUUCUGUUGCAUGUAGCUAUUUUUGUUCUAAAGUGUUUUGGAGUUCUAUAUCUUUUAUUUUAUAAUAAUGCUAUUUUUGUACAUGAAACAUUUUGUUCAUCCACCUGUUUUUCAUCUGACUCUGUUAAAAUUUCUUUGUAAGGUUGCAGGUAGGGUAACACGCUCUGCUUUAACUGUUCCUUUGUCUGCCUUUUUAAACAAGUUUUCAGAAAAUCUCAUUGCUUGCAAACAUUUGCAAAAAAUAAAACUCUUUCAAAUAUAUUUCAAAA